UUUUCUCCACUAGUCCUCUGUUUCUCCUUCCUCUUUUCCUCCACCAAUUCCAAUCUUCCAUAACUAAAAAAACUUCCACAUUUUCCUUCCCUUUCUUCUCCACCAUGAUGACAACUCUCAAAUCUGAUCAACUCAAACAGCUAAAAGAAAUAUUCAUGCGUUUCGAUCUCGACGGAGAUGGCAGCCUAACACAGCUAGAACUCGCCGCACUCCUCCGUUCCCUCGGCCUCAAACCCGGAUGCGGCGAUCAACUCCACAUCUUACUCGCUAAAAUCGAUAACAAUGGCAACGGAUCCAUUGAAUUCGACGAACUCGUUGAUGCAAUUAUGCCUGAUAUGGAUGAAGAUAUAUUAAUGAAUCAAGAUCAGCUAAUGGAGCUUUUCCGAUCGUUCGAUCGCGACGGUAAUGGUUACAUUACCGCCGCUGAACUCGCCGGACAAAUGGCCAAAAUGGGUCAUCCGUUAACGUAUAGAGAAUUGUCCAAUUUAAUGCAAGAAGCUGAUACCAAUGGAGAUGGUGUUAUAAGUUUCAAGGAAUUUGCUAAUAUUCUUGGCAAAUCUGCUACGGAUUUUCUUGGAAUAAAUACUGUAUCCGAAUCCGUUGCUUAAAUUGAAUAAUUGAUAAUUUUCAGUGUUACAGUCGUCCCAAUUUAUGUGACACCUUUUGAAUUUUCAAGACUCAAGACAUUCAAAUUGAGACGUUGGAAGUAAUGUUUAUAAGGAUUGGGGAUGGACCAUUUGUUGUAUUGUAUUUAUAUUUGCCAUUUGUUAAGGUCAGAUUAUAGGACAUUUUAUGAUCAUCUCCGGUGGAUCCUGCGUCAAUACUAGAUGCUUCGUGUAUAAGACUGUCCUUUUAUAUCCCUCGAUGUAUUUGAUUUAAGGAGGAGAAGGACAAUUGACGAAGUUUUAAUGUCUUUUUGACUCUUAUAUAGUAAAUAUUUUUA